AUGAUGACUAUGAGCUCUAUAUCGGACACUUUAGUCCCGCCUGAUCCAUCCAAAUCGGCGUUUUUGGAGUUCGGCGGUCACGGCUACCCCGGACACCAGCAGCCCUCCCCCGGUCUGUCCCACAACCAUUAUCCGGUCCACGGACUGCACGCCGUCGGGCCCUCCCAGCACGACGGACCCUUCGCCUCCGGGACAUCCUCGUACGGUCGCCCGCUGGGAUACCCACCUUAUCAUAGUCCCGUGAACGCGCACCAUCCCGGGGCUUACCUGCCCUAUCAGCAUGGGGGUCACGGCGGCGCGCUGGGACACACCAGACUCGAGGAUGCAGACCACGAGAAGCCCAUGGCAGUGAUAGAGAACGGGGAGGUGAGGCUGAACGGGAAGGGGAAAAAGAUCAGGAAGCCUCGGACCAUUUACUCCAGCCUGCAGCUCCAGGCUCUCAACCAGCGCUUCCAGCAAACCCAGUACCUCGCCCUCCCCGAGAGGGCCGACCUUGCGGCCAAGCUGGGCCUGACGCAGACCCAGGUCAAAAUAUGGUUCCAGAACAAACGAUCCAAAUACAAGAAGAUCAUGAAGAACGGGCCCUGUGGACCUGAGGGAGACCACCUCGCCCCCCCUGCGCCGUCCUCCGCUUCUCCAUGCUCUCUGUGGGACAUCAGCAUGGCUGCAAAAGGCGCGCCAGUGCACUCUGGAGGCUACAUGAACAAUUUUGCUCACUGGUAUCCAGGACACCAGCAGGACUCCAUGCCAAGAACUCAGAUGAUGUGA